AUGUGGCAUUUCAAAGAUUCUAAGCUUUCAUCGAUUUGGUUGAUAGUUGUGACGGUGGUUACGUUUCGUGUCGCGAGUGCUCAGUUCUACAGCCUCAGCUUCGGUACGGACGAAAGCUAUGUGACACCCGUCCAGUCGGGACCUAGUGGCCCCCUCCAACAACCCCCGCAGCCGCAGCAGCAUCAAGCAAUCCGCCAGAAGGUAACCGCGCUCGAUGCGAUGAUCGACAAAACGAACCACCUUGGGUUCCGAGUGCUCCAUCAGCACUCCAAAGGGAACAAGAACAACAUUGCCUUCUCCCCGUGUGCCCUCGGCAGCACCUUGGUUGCGCUUUACGAGGGAGCCUCCGGUAGGAGUGCGGCAGAACUGCACGAACAGCUGGUGGUACCAUAUGAUAAGGACGUUCUGCGUGAAGGAUAUCGGGAUAUACACCGCAGGCUGCGGAGCUAUUUUUACCAGAAGGAGAAUCUUCUCAAUGGGCUUAGCUUAAGCAGUGAAAAUAUAACCAUAAGACCCGAGUACGAAACGGUCCUAAAAUUUUACGGCUACGAUUUGGAGAACAUUCCGGAAAUGCGAAUGCAAACCACGACGACGCCUUUACCUGCCUCGACGACGGUGGGCUUGGAGACGGAAGAUACGACCGUAGACUCAACCACAGAUGGGGCAUUAGCAACCAAUACAACGGCAUCGAUGGACACGACAACGACUGCGUCGGUUGAAACCACCACGGCUGGUAUGGACGAUGAAACCACCACGGAAGCCGUAGAGGGUUCCGGAGAUACCACCGACAACGAAAGCCCUGACGCCAGCACGGUAGCACCGACCGAGGAAACGUCGACAACGGAAGAAAGCACAACCGAGUCGGAAACAACCGGAGAGACGACAUCCGAGGUCCCGACGACGGUCGAGGGGGAGGCGACCGAGGCGACCGGCGAUGAAGCCGGUGGCGAAAAGCGUCGCCGAAACCUUCGCAAGCGUGGCCAACGUCGCGGGAACCCGGACUCACCGCAGCGCAGGCGCUCGUUGCGCCUGAAGCGCCAACCGGAAGAGAUCGACAUCAUUAGCCAUCAGCGGUUUUUGCAGAAUUUUCUUCUCCAGGACGUGACUACGGAGGCACCGUCGCUGCACGCUACCGCUUCGUUCCUGCACGGGUUGGGCAGCUCGUUCGUGUCGCAGUCGGACUCGUACCGCCUGCUGGACGAUACGAUCGAGCACAAGUUUUACCUUCCCGACUCGGAGUUUGUCCGGGUGCCGUACAAGGUGUACAAUACGAUCCUGAAGUACGCCUACAUCGAGCGGCUGCAGUCGACCGUCAUCGAGCUCGAGCUGGACUCCGAGCACUACAAGUUGCUGCUCAUCCUGCCCGACUACGAGUUUGGGCACGGCAAUGUGCUGAAGCUGCUUCAGAUCGGCGAGAACGUACCGAACCUGCGCGACAUUACGAGCCAGAUGAGCCCGACCUGGGUGAAGACAAUCGUGCCGAAGUUUAACCUCAAGGGCAACAUUAUCCUAACGAGCGAUCUGCAGAAUCUCGGUAUUAACGACAUCUUUGAACCAUCGUGGGCCAAUUUUUCACUGAUGACCGAAGACCCGACGGUAUAUGCGAAACACAUUGAGCAGUCGAUCAACAUCAACAUCCGGACGCACUCGUUGCAGCAGCUCAAACGCUUCACAUCCCUGUACACGAAACCGAUCGAGCUGGCAGUCAACUAUCCGUUUCUGUUCUGCAUUCUGGACAACGAGCUGGAUCUGGCGCUGAUGGUUGGCCGGAUACUGAACCCACUCAACUCACGCAUUCACUGA